AUGGCUCGCUUUAUUGAAGGCAUCGGCGAUGAGGUCAUUUGGUUUCUGAUAGCAGUAAUCAUUAUCGUGUUAAUAUCAUUGGCUUGGAUCAGUACUGGUAUACCACCAGUUGAUUAUUAUGUAUGGCUUGUUCAAAUGCAAAUUCAUCCCAAUAGAAGAAUCGUUCAGGUAUUGCAAGUUGAUAAUCAAGAAGUUAACUUAUUUCGGAAUCGUCCAGAAGGACGACCUUUUGGUGUGGUCACGGAACAAGCACUUGAAGCUUUAAUGGACAAUGGUAUUAUGGAACAAAGUAAUACUUCUCAGGAGGUAGUGUUGCCUCAGGUGGCGGAAAUGGCGCAAGUACAAACAAGUGAAGACACUCCACUACAUGCACAAGAAGUACCGCAAGCAGAACAGACGAUCAGCUUAGCAGAAAACACGGAAAAUUUAUUGCAUGCAACUUAUAUUGAAACAGAAACUGGUAAUUGGCAACAUAGUUCACAUCUUUCAGGUGAAAAUGGAAGGAAAUCGCUUACUGACAUAAAACGUGGAUUAUCUUCAGUUGUUGCAGAUUCAGCUUAUCAACCGGCUUCAGGAAUGGAGGGGAAUGAUGCUGGACGUCAAUUAUCUAAUGUAAAAUUGAAAUUUCUUGAUGAUUCUCAGGUUAUUGCUUGUACAGCAUUAGAAUCUACUGUGGGACAAUUUAAAAGGCGCUACUUCUGGGAAUCAAUACUUGCGGGAAAAAUAGUACGGCUCAUUUAUCGCGGGCAGUUAUUACGAGAUGAUACACGAUCAUUGUUAAGUUAUGGUUUACAUGAUCAGUGCGUUGUACAUUGUCAUGUCAGUUCUACACCUUACGCACAACCUUCUUCGUCAGGUCCAAAUGCAUCGAAUAACAGUGUGUUAUCACACGAAUCUUCUGAUAUAAGCAAUGGAACAGCUGCAGCAGCUAUUGCAGCCAUAGCUGGCUCGCAGUCGGUAUCAGCCAAUGCAGCAGAAGGAUUAACUCGAACUAUUAUUCAGACAUUUCGAGGUCAUUCUAUAGAAGAUAAUCAAAACGAUUCAAUAUUAAUACGAGUGCAAAACGCUUUCUUGCGGAUUUUUCGUUAUGGCUAUAAUGCAGUAAUGGGUCCGGAUCCAGGGGUAACGGCUGUGAGAGGCACAUCAUUGGAUACAGCAGCUGAUGUGGCAGCAGGUAAUGGAUGGAAUCAGAAUGAGAACGCCGUAGGAGGUCGCAUUGGGCAAUAUGUUCAAGUUAUUUUUAUUGUGAAAUUCCUGAUAUUAUGGACAUUUGUAUUCUUGUAUCCACAAUAUACGGACCGAUUUUCUUUAUUACUACUCACCUUUCUCAGUAUGUUUUUUGUAUCCUUUUUAUUUUCUAACGCUCAUCGUGCCAACAGUAAUGGCAUGCAGACACAAACUCAACAUGCAUAA